GGUUGAGCUAACUUUGUGCAUUCGACUGUAGAAUGUCCAUUAUGGACGAGCCAGUAGUGAUUCAACUAAGUCGCCCUGAGGUGUACGUUAAUCAUCUUUCAUUUGGAGGACGAGAUGCAGUAGCAGCAACACUCAGCAAUGACUUCAUUCAUCUUGUAGACAUAGAAGCAAAAAAAUCCAAGCAGACUUUAGAUGUUGCCAAAAGAGUCGUUGGCAUACAUUUCGACCUCACUGGUAGCGCUGUCUUAAGAGCUGUAGAUGACUCCUUCGGAAUCCAUCUAUUUGACAUACGAUCGGGAUCUAAGAAGAAGUCAAGGGUCAAUCCUAUUAUGGAGAAUCAUCAAGUUGUUUGCUCUGCGUGCUCUGAUCAGUACAUAGCACUAGGAAGCUCAACUUUCCUUCUAGAAAGCGAUGAUAAGAAAAAGGCAAAGCAAAAGAAUGGAGCUAGUGACGAUGACGAAGAGGAGGAUGAAAAUGAGAACGAAGCUGAGGUUGAUUCGAGCCAGAUGCCUCAUGUCAUAUCCGUAUUCGAUCUAAGGAAAUGUACAGAUCCUGUGCUGACAAUCAAGGAAUCCCAUUCUGACUCCAUAAAUACCAUGGCUUUCAUGAGAGAUGGGCAGCAUUUGAUUUCGGGAGGAUCUGAUGGACUGCUCAAUAUUUUUGAUGCUUCGUUCGGAAAAGAGGACCAGGCUUUACAGAGUACUUGCUCUGUUGGUUCCUCAAUCAAUCGGGUCAACAGUCUUUCCAAACGACUCAUCUCCGCAUGCACUGAUGACAACAAAUGCGCUGUCUUCGUUCCAAAUGCCCCUGAUGACAUUGAUUAUCUUUUCAUGAGAGAUGGUGUUGAGGGUCGUUUUCUAGUGGAUGCACUCAAAGGGAGUGUGGACGAAAGACCUGUUGCGCUUUUAGAAUGUGACUCCGAAGGCACGAUGUACGUGCGCACCGUCUCAAAAGAUGGUAAACAUUCUGAAAUAGUUAUGCAAUGGAAGGGACACACUGAUAUUGUACGAAGUUGUGCAUAUAAUAACCGUAUUUUGGUUACUGGCGGAGAGGAUGGAAAGAUAGUCGUCAAAAAUGUUGAUUUGCGGCCGGAAGGUGGAAAACCUGAGAAGAAGAAGGACAAGAAAGAUGGUGACCAUGAAAAGAAUGACUCUACGAAGUCAAAAGACAGAAAGGACAAGAAAAAAGAGCGCAAGCCUGGUGAACCGUAUUGAGUAAAUGUCCACUUUCUAGAAUUUUGAUUAGAACUACCCGAGCAGUUAUUCAUUUUCUCCUCCUUGAUCUCCAUGUAUCUUUUUUACAGUAUUCAGUAUAGGUAUUCAAGCUGCUCUCACACGUUAAGGGUUGAACUUCGUGUACGUAACUUUUUGAAAAUAACGGUGAAAGUUCUAUCGUUGUGACUUCCACCGUGUUUGUAAUGUGAUUUGGGGUAGCAAGUAGCGCAUACAACUGCAAGCGUAAGGCUACUUAGAGAAUCUAUUUAACCAUCUUUUAAUUACUGAGGAAGGGAAAAGCCCGUCCAUGGUUAUCUAUCUAUGUACCUACUUUUUUCCUUUCUCGUUCUCACAGGAACUUUCCGUCAGUUGUUAUCUUGUUGUGUUGUUGUUUACUUCUAGAGUUUUCGAGCUUGUACUUUGUUAUGCAGUGAUACUUUUUGUAUGUUUUUGAAUACUUCCAUCAUCUUGUAACGAAGUAAAAGCAAUAUGAGUUU